AUGAAAUAUCAAAUCCACUUUGUGCCAAAGGCUGGUAUGGCGGCUUCACAAGAUUUGGUUACUCCUCUGAGUAAACCGAAACAGAUGGAACUUUCUCUAACCGAGAAAGGAGCUAGGUCUUUCUUUACAAGAUUCUUGAGACAGUUCAUAUCAACUGGUUCUAUUACAAUACUCGAAGAAGGAGAAACAGUGUUCACUUUCGAAGGAAAUGAUUCGAUAUGUCGCUUGAAAACUGUCUUAGAGAUUCACAGUCCUCAGUUUUACUGGAAGGUUAUGACACAGGCAGAUUUAGGACUUGCUGAUGCUUAUAUCAAUGGUGAUUUUUCUUUUGUCGAUAAGGAGACAGGACUUUUGAAUCUGAUCACUAUUCUCAUUGCCAACAGAGAAUUGAACUCAGAGAAAUCAAAUCUUGCUAAGAAAAGGGGAUUGUGGAUACCCAUGUUUCUACGUGCUGGUUUAGCAUCUGCAAACUAUUUUCUAAAGCUUGUUUUUAAGCAGAACACCUUAACUCAAGCUCGUAGGAACAUUUCGCGUCACUAUGACCUUAGUAAUGAGCUCUUUGCUUUAUUCUUGGAUGAUACCAUGAGUUAUUCCGCUGCGGUAUUCAAGUCAGAUGAUGAAGAUCUCAAGACUGCACAAAUGAGAAAAGUCCAUCUCCUCAUUGAUAAGGCGAGGAUAGAGAAGAACCAUGAGGUUUUAGAGAUUGGAUUCGGAUGGGGGACUUUGGCAAUGGAAGUAGUAAGAAGAACCGGAUGCAAGUACACCGGCAUUACACUAUCUAGUGAGCAACUUAAAUACGCAGAAGCAAAAGUGAAAGAAGCUGGACUUGAGGACAGGAUUACGUUUAAGAUCUGCGAUUAUCGCCAACUAUCUGGUGCUAAAAAAUAUGACAGGAUUAUAACUUGUGAGAUGAUGGAACAUGUUGGCCAUGAAUUCAUGGAAACAUUCUUCAGCCACUGUGAUGCUGCGCUUGCAGAUGAUGGUGUAAUUGUCCAUCAGUUCAUAACGAUACCAGAGCAGCGUUACAAUGAGUACAGACUAAAUUCAGAUUUCGUCAAAGAAUACAUAUUUCCAGGUGGAUGCCUUCCUUCUUUAGCUAGAGUUGUUUCAGCUAUGGCAUCUUCUUCUAACAUUGAAAACGUUGAGAACAUUGGGAACCAGUACUACCAAACGUUGAGAUGCUGGAGGAAGAACUUCUUGGGGAACAAAAGACAAAUCAUGGAUCUUGGAUUCGACGAUAAAUUCAUUAGGACAUGGGAAUAUUAUUUCGACUAUUCUGCAGCUGGUUUGAAGACUCUUACCCUUGGAGAUUACCAGAUUGGUAUGGCGGCUGCACAAGGUUUGUUAGGGAAAGACAAAGACAUGGUUACUCCUCCGAGUAAACCAAAACGCAUGGAACCAUCUCUAACCGAGAAAGGAGCUAGAAUACUUGAAGAAGGAGAAACAGUGCUCACUUUCGAAGGAAAUGAUUCAAGAUGUCGCUUAAAAUCUGUCUUAGAGAUUCACAGUCCUCAGUUUUACUGGAAGGUUAUGACACAGGCAGAUUUAGGACUUGCUGAUGCUUAUACCAAUGGAGAUUUUUCGUUUGUCGAUAAGGAAACAGGACUUUUAAAUCUGAUCAUGAUUCUCAUUGCUAACAGAGAAAUGAACUCACAGAAAUCAAAUCUUGCUAAGAAAAGGGGAUGGUGGACACCGAUGUUUCUAAGUGCUGGUUUAGCAUCUACAAAGUAUUUUAUGAAGCAUGCCUUUAGACAGAACACUUUAACUCAAACUCGAAGGAACAUUUCUCGUCACUAUGACCUUAGUAAUGAGCUCUUUGCUUUAUUCUUGGAUGAUACCAUGAGUUAUUCCUCCGCGGUAUUCAAGUCAGAUGAUGAGGAUCUGAUGACUGCACAAAUGAGAAAAAUCUCUCUCCUCAUUGAUAAGGCAAGAGUAGAGAAGAAGCAUGAGGUUUUGGAGAUUGGAUGUGGAUGGGGAACUUUGGCCAUAGAAGUAGUGAGAAGAACUGGAUGCAAAUACACUGGCAUUACACUAUCUAUUGAACAACUUAAAUACGCACAAGCCAAAGUGAAAGAAGCUGGACUUGAGGAUAACAUUAAGUUUGAGCUUUGCGAUUAUCGCCAACUAUCUGAUGCUCACAAAUAUGACAGGAUAAUAUCUUGCGAGAUGAUAGAACAUGUUGGCCAUGAAUUCAUGGAGACGUUCUUCAGCCAUUGUGAAGCUGCACUCGCAGAAGAUGGCAUAUUUGUCCUGCAGUUCAUAUCGAUACCGGAGGAGCGUUACAACGAGUACAGACUAAAUUCAGAUUUCAUAAAAGAAUACAUAUUUCCAGGUGGAUGUCUUCCUUCUUUAGCUAGAGUUACUUCAGCUAUGGCCUCUUCAUCUAACAUUGAAAACGUUGAGAACAUUGGGAUUCAUUACUACCAAACCUUGAGAUGUUGGAGGAAGAACUUCUUGGAGAACAAAAUGCAAAUCAUGGCUCUUGGAUUCGAUGAUCAAUUCAUAAGAACAUGGGAAUACUAUUUCGACUAUUGUGCAGGAGGUUUCAAGACUCUUACCCUUGGAGAUUACCAGAUAGUUUUCUCACGUCCAGGGAACACUGCUGCAUUUGGGAAUCCAUUCCAAAGUUUCCCUUCUGCUCUGACAAAACAAGAGUAUAGAUGACAUUAUUGUUCCAUUGUUUGUUGUGUGCCAAAGUAUUUGUAUUGUCGACAGAACGAUUGAUUCUG